AUCGCUGUCAGCUGUGUCGUUGAUGGGCUGAAAGGACUAAGGAGGAGGGAGGGAGGAACAAUCGAUUCUCAGGAGUGGAAAAUCCUAUCCCUUCCAUUGAGUUACGUAGUGCGUCUUCAGUCUCGGGUAGCUGAUAUUACUGAGUACUGACCGGUUCGGUAAAUUUGUGGUCGCGUAUUUUGCUAAUUGUGUAUCAGUGUAUCCAGAUAAUUGAGGGCUCAGCCGCUAUAAUCGAAAAUGAGUAAAGCACAUCCCCCGGAGCUUAAGAAGUACAUGGAUAAAAAAUUGUCUCUAAAACUGAACGGUGGUCGACGUGUUGUCGGGAUAUUGAGAGGCUUUGAUCCGUUCAUGAACAUGGUCAUAGAUGAAAGCGAAGAGAAAUGCAAGGAUGGUACUACAAACAAUAUCGGCAUGGUGGUAAUUCGUGGCAACAGCGUCAUAAUGUUAGAAGCUUUAGAUCGAAUAUAAUGUAUGCUGCCGUAGAACUUUAUCCGUAUCUAAUAUGUAUAUUUUUAAAUAAAUAAUCGAAACCUUUUUUAAGAUAUAA